ACAAGUUUUACACCGAAACCAGUUCAUACGAUUCAUCCCAGUGAGAGUCUACAGGCUGAAAACACACCACACAGUAACGUCUGACUGAUCCAGUGUCCUGAGUGUUUCUCUGCAUUAUUCAAAGCGCGAUGCGCAUCACCGGAGCUAAUUAGGAUUUCAGUAUAAAUAAGGCCGCAGAUGGGACAGCUCGGCCUGUCCUGCCGCUGAUGUCGGAGAGCUAAAGAUACAGAGGUUAAAACGCUGGAAAAGCUGCAAGCUGCUCCAACAUGCACACACUCUGACCCGCCUCACGGAUGGGACUCUUCUCAGACCGGACCUACGGAGAUAUCCCACAGAUUUCACGGUUUAGCGCAGAGAGUCUUUGGCUUAUGAACGCAUCCACCGAGGAGACUGGUGUUUUUGGAGACUUUUUGAUGGCACUCGGGUCGAUUUAGACAGGCUGCUGUUGCCUUUAUGGGACGGUGAAUGUGUCUUUUAUUUUAUUUCUUUUUAUGUUUAUUUUUUUUACUAACACCCUCCAGCUCCAGUGGAGAAACCGAUUUCCUCACCGGGUUGUUUUGGUUUCCGAGGGGGAGAAGGCGACGUGUUUUUGGGGUCUGAUUUUCUCCUGUGGUGUUUGUGUGGAGCGUGCCACACACCCACUCCACAACAACGACGGCUUUUGCUUGCAUCUUCCAGUGUUUCUUCUGUCAGCAAGUCCAGCAGAGCUGCAACUCUUCCAGUGCCAGCCCUGACACCAGCGAGGAGCCCUGCCCCACUGACAUGGUGAAGAUGACCAAGUCCAAGACCUUCCAGGCUUACCUGCCAACCUGCCACCGCACCUACAGCUGCAUCCACUGCCGGGCACACCUGGCCAAUCACGACGAGCUCAUCUCAAAGUCAUUUCAAGGCAGUCAAGGAAGAGCCUAUCUGUUCAAUUCAGUUGUGAAUGUCGGCUGCGGCCCGGCUGAGGAGCGGGUACUCCUCACAGGUUUACACGCCGUGGCUGAUAUCUACUGUGAAAACUGUAAAACCACCCUGGGCUGGAAAUAUGAGCACGCAUUUGAAAGCAGUCAAAAGUACAAAGAGGGAAAGUUCAUCAUCGAGCUGGCUCACAUGAUCAAGGACAACGGAUGGGAGUGAUGCUCCGGCCGCUCUCUUUCUUUCUCUGACCUUGGAAUGCUCUUUAUUGAACUGCGUGGAGCGACGACCAUCGACCACCCCGCCCCUCUCCGACCCCUCCUCUCUGACCCAUUUAAAAAAAGAAAAGUACCCCUCCACGAACCUCCACCCGCUUGUCUCCUUCACGUGCGCACACCCACCUGCUCAUCGUGAAACUGAACAGAACAAAUGAUAUAAAAAAAACGGCAACUAGGAAGUGGAGCAACUCUUGAAAAAUCACAGGAGUCCUGUCGUAAAGAUUGCGUGCUCCCCUUCGCAGCGCCGGAGCUUCUGGGUUUGACCCCCGCCCACUCACUCUCACCCUGCCUCCCCCCUCCCACCGAACCACGCUUACAAGUGAUUGUGGUGAUAUGGCGACCACUGUGCGAAAGGAGAUAGACUUCACUGAAAAGACAUUUCUUUGUUUUCCUUAUUUCGCCCAUCCAGCGAGACGGAUGACUUUGAUGACUUCAGUUAUUUUAAUGUUAUUUGCUAUAGUUUUAACUUCUGGGUUUGGUAAGGUUUUGGUUUGAUGGCAGAUGGAUGUUACUGGUUAGCAUUUUAUUUCCCUGUCACGUCUGUCAUGUUUUGUUUAUUUGUUUUUUGGCUUGUCGUAUCUCUGCCUGUAGCUGAGCAUGCUUUUCUUUGCUAAUGUCCAAAUGAGCAAUCAGGGACGGGUGAGGAGCGGAGGGGAAAGGGAGUUUAUUGUAGUUACAAAUAUGUAGCAGCAUCUUGCUUUUCUUUUUCUUUUUUUGACUUUAAAAAAAGAAAGUGGCAAAGGAUGGUAUUGCAGUAGUGUGGGAUUUUAUACCUAAUAUAUUUUUUUCUGUUUUUAUCUUUUUUCUUUCUUGUGAAUUUCAGUUUUUUUUCCCCCCUUCUGGUACUUCUCAGCACUCAAAAAGCAUUGAAAGCAGCACCUAGUAUUUGUUUGACAUAAAUGGAUAUAUAUACUUACAUACGUUUAUGGGAUAUAUUUGUAGUGUUUGGCUAAGUGCGAUUGUGGCUGGUCCCAUUUUGCAGCAGUACCAUAAGUGAAAGAAACAUGAAAAGGAGCAGAUAUAGUUUCUAGACUGGGGAACCUGACGUCAGCGUCCACUUGUCAUAAAGCAUUAUGGCAGACUGUAUUAUUCCAUUGUCUAGUAAUGAAAUAACAAGAGACACAACUACAUAUGAAUAUAUAUACACCUACUAUGAUUACAUAUCCAUAAAUACUAUGAAAAUGUUCGUAGUACGUAGAUAUUGGAACAUGGAUUCUAUAUAUAUAUAUAUUUGCUGUCCUGCACAUAUGUAUAUAUGCAUAUGACUGUGUAUAUAUGCACUGUGUGUGGUCACGCAUUACACAGUGGCAUACUUGAACGACGCUACUUCGUUUGCACUUUGCGGAGGCCUUCGGUUCAUCUCAGUUUAGAGGCAAAAAGUUUGUUUUCGCUCUCGUCUUUUUUUUUUUCCUUUUUUUUUUAAUGGCCUUCUCACAGAUGAACGACGGGUUGUUGGAGACGGAGAGAAAAUGGAAAGUGAGCUGGAACAGUUUGAGGGUUUCAUCGUCUCUGUUAGGACUGUAGUGUGUUUAGCAGCUUUCUGAUCAUUUGGACUGAUUUUAUUUAAAUGAUGUCGACAAAUCCUGCUUUUCCUCUCAGUUUUGGCUUGAUUUUAAAUCCCUUGUGGGACGGAAAGGAGUUUCCGAUUCUUUGCUGCUUUGUCCCAGAUCUCCCGCCAUUUCUUCUUGUAGGUUUUUUGCACUUUAUGCUUAUCCGUCUCUCUGUCUCUCUUAGACCAUAUGAAUUGUCUCAUUGUGGUUGCGUGUGCGAUUUGCCUCUAAGCCGUAUGAAUCUUGUGCCUCUUCAAAACAUGAACGGCCUCCCCUCUUUUUUCUGUUGUGCAGUGCAUAACUCCGAAAACCUUCAUGUGAACCGAUGUGUCUUCCCCCCCCCGUUCUGGUUCAAAGUGGCCCUCAAAAUAAGGUUCUUCGCUAAAAUCCUCAUAGAGCUCUGCCCUGUUUUUUUGGACAACAGAGACUUGGUAUACAUACACACAUAUAUUUUCUAUGUUAAGAUUUAAAGGUGCAAAAACAGAUGGAUAUUCAGUAUAUUAUUUCUCAGAGUAAAGCAUAGAGGUAGAGGUUAGGACUAUGAGGGAGGCCCAGGGCUUGUUGUUUGACUUUUUAUUGGAAGGAUAAAAAGGACGGCGGCAGGUCGAGGUGGGGCAGGGUGGGAUGGGAGAGAUUUAAAAUAAAAAAUCAGCAGUGAUUGAUUACUUUGCCGGCAAGGUCAGUCAGAUCACACGACCUUUUAUCCUAAAAACAAUGACAAUGCAAACCCUUAAUAGUCAGCAGUGAUACGUACUUGAAAAUAUAAAGACAUAAACAGCUGAGAUAUUGGCCCGUGUUACAGUUUUUGUACAUAAAGUAACAUAUUUAAGGUUUUAUACGUAUUUCUACUGGGUUAGUUCUUUUACUUCCCCAACUUGAAGCACUUUUGUUCACUGUACCUCUGGCUGUGUGUGUCUGUUUGUGUGUGUGUGUGUGUGUGUGUGCGUGUGUGUGUGUGCGUGUGCGUGCAUGCAUGCGUGUUAGCCCACAUGCAUGCCUGCACACGAAAGUGAAUGUUAAAUUCCUUUUCCUCGAACAGUUUUAUUUCUAUUUUUUUCUCCUUUCUUUAGUUUGGAAGUUGUUGUUGUUGUUUUUUUUAUUUGUUAUCCUGUUGUUUAUUUCAUUUUAUUUUUUUCUUUCACAACUGUUUGGUUUCACUGUCUCUCCCCGGGAUCUGUGAGGUCGAGAGCCAGGUUAGUUUGUUUGGAAGUGAUUUAUCCCCAUUUUUUGUUUUGUUUUUUUUCUGUUAGCUUGUUUAUUUAGCUUGUGUGGUGAGAGCCCGUUAGAGGGCCGGUGUUUAGGUCUCUGCUGAGCCAUGUAGAUGUUGAGGGCGAGCUGGAAUCUCCCACCAUGUCGCAGGGAGAGCCUUUACAAAACCCUUUCACCACCAGUCAGUGUCUCCUGUAUAGAGGGCUUUCAGACUGAUGAAACGCACCCUCUGGCAGCCACACUGGAGGUCCUUAGCUUUUGCAACGCUGGCUGUGAGUAUCUGAUUGUAUUUCUUGAGAACGUACUCAUUGUUGUGCUGGUGUUGACAGAAAAUGAACUGUUAUUUCUCUGAUCUGUUUCAUUUGAUUGAUUGUUUUGAUAAUGUUAGCUUGUUAGCUACUUGACCUAAGUUGCUACAUCCCAGUUGCGGGGGCUGCACCCGUUAAAGGUUUGCAUUUCAAGACAUUUCAAACAAGGCCCGUCCUAUUUUAAAGAUUCCUUCUAAUGCAGCCAAAAAUUCAGGCUUCUCUGGCUUGAAUCUGCACCACUCAUUGUCCCACAAUCCCCUGCACACUCCCAUAUUUUAAAGAGCAACUAAAAAAAAAAAGAAUCCGCAGGUGAAAAUCUGCUGAUGCCUCUGAUUUAACUGGUGUUAUUUCAACUCUGUAAUGGUGCAUUCGAGCGGCCUUCGUUAAGUCGGGAAAUGUGACGUGACCUCACUGAUAUUCAUGUUCCUGUGGUCAUCAGUGCUCGUAAACUGGCAUUUACAUUUCAUGAAGUCAUUUCAUGAUGUCUCUUUGCCAUUUCCUGCUGAUAAACUUGAAACCUACUGAGACUGAAAGUUCAUUCUUGGCCUUGGAAACAGCAGUUGACAAAAUAAUCUCAACCAUCUGAUCUUCGUCUGCAAACUGAGCUGCCCAGUAAUGGAAGCGUAGAUGUUCAGACUGUCUUCUUUAUUCUAGGAACAGAAAUUCGAACGCCUAUAAUUCUGUGACAACUGUGCAACUAUUGACUGUAGAAGUUGUCAAGGAGCACUCGAAUGCACCAUUAGGGAGGAUGUUAAAGCUCGGUGUGGCCUUCAGGUCCUACAAGGGACACACGUUUAAGGGCUGUAUCCUUCGAAGUUUGCUGCCCCUGAACUGGGAUGAAGCUUUUUUUGGAUUAACAAUAACAACGUCAAAACCUUUGAUGUUUGUCCCAAACUCAUAGACCAGCAUUUGUAGCUAAAGUUGGAAACAAAUCUACUUUGCCAGACAAGGCUAGAUUACCAAGCAGGCCCCAGACCCCGAGGGAGCCCCCAAAGCCCCAGGUUCACUUCAUGUGAUUUGGAUCUACAUAAUUUGAUUAAUCACAAAUUUUUCAGGGACCCUGCGUCCAAAUCCGGUUUUAAACCAAAAUUGUUUUGAGUUUAUGUUGAGUCCCUUUGUUUUAAAGUUGUAUUUUAUCACAUUUCUUUCGUUUUCUCCUGCGUGUAAAGUCAUCAACGCACAGAAAACCUUGGGCAAGGUAACAUUAAUCUACCAAGAGCUUUUAUCAGUCAAUUUUUUUGGAUUUUUUCCUUAAAAAAAAUGACUUAAAACAAUUAAUCACUGAUCAAAGUUGUUGCCAGGAGGUGCCCAACAACAAAUCUUUGCCCCGGGGCUGCCUAGGAUGGUAAUCUGGCCUUGUUACCAGACCAUUAAUGUCUGCUUAAACCCUCACUGAGUGGACCCGUACUGGUCCCACUUUCCCGUUGUUACACACACACACACAGCCAGUUUCUCCAAAGGAUCUCCAACAUGACACCAGCAGUGGUUGCUGGGAGAUUUGUGACCCAACUGCAGAGCCUCUAUACUCUCCCUUCGAUCAGUCAGUCUAAGUUGAACCAACAAAAAGCAGUUGCCAGUGUCACCGCCGGUGUGUACCAAAUAAGAACCAGGUUCUAUCGAAUGCGUCAGUGUCAUGUGUCAGACGGCAGGAAGGAAGCCAGGGGUCAUGUUCGAGUGUCUCCUGGAGAUUUAACUGUUAUACCAAAAUUUAAGGAGGAGAAAUCCUGUCACCUAUGACAUUGUCUUUCUGUAGAAUGUUUUGAUUCUCUGAACUUAACGGCGUCAAAGCAGCCUGGAUGAAAAAUGUAGAUAUUUGCUGCUGAAUACUGUUUACUUUUUAUUGUUAUUUUGUUUUACUGUGACACUGGCUACCUACUUUUUGAGCUCUGUUACUGUCUAAAACAUACCUGAAAGGAUGUUGAUCAAAGGCAAGAUGGGUAUACAGGGGAAAGGACUGUACAAGUUCUUUUCUUAGAACUGUUAAACUACAGUUUAAGGUCUAAAGCAUGUUGUAUUUAUAAUGGCUAUAUGUCGUGCCUGUUUUAUUAUUAUUUUUUUCCUAAAUUUAAAAACAAAAAUAUUAUAUGCUUUUUAUUUGACUACAUUGCUUUGCAUUCUGUCUUAGUAAAGCCAUGUCACAUGUCUGUUUUCACUCUAAUGUAAACUAUCAGAUAUCACAAUAAAUUUUCAAUGGCAUUAAGUUGUGGAUUGUGUGAAGUUGUUACUCAUUUUUACGAUAGUGCCGCUGUUUUGUUUUUUAUUUCACAUCUCUGUCGUAGCACGUUACAUCACUUUUUUUUAGAAAAGGUUUGCAUUG